AAACAGAGCACUCUCCUCUUUCUCAUAGGAAAACCAUUAGCAUUUUAUCUUCUACAAGUGGCGGAAUUAUAGGAUAGUGAAGAUGAUUUCAACAAAGUCAGAGUCGGAUAUCACAAGCUUGGCCCCGUCGUCGCCUUCACGGUCGCCGAAACGGGCGGUGUACUAUGUCCAGAGCCCGUCGAGGGACUCCCACGACGGGGACAAGUCGUCGUCGUCGAUGCAGGCGACGCCAAUCUACAACAACAGCCCGAUGGAGUCGCCGUCGCACUCGUCCACCUCGUUCGGGCGCCACUCGAGGAACUCGUCGGCCAGCCGGUUCUCGGGGAUAUUCCGGUCGUCAUCGGGGCGGAAAGGAGGCGGAGGAAGAAAACACGGCAGGAACGACAAGGGGUGGCCGGAGUGCAAUGUGAUAUUGGAGGAAGGGCCUUAUGAUGAUCUCGAGGACAAGGCCUUACCUAGGCGUGUGCAGGCCUUAAUCGCUUUGUUUAGCUUCUUUGUGCUCUUUACUGUGUUUUGCUUGAUCAUAUGGGGCGCUAGUAGGCCUUUCAAAGCUGAGAUUACCGUCAAGAGCUUCGCAGUGAAUAACUUCUAUGUUGGGUCAGGCUCAGACUUCAGUGGGGUCCCAACAAAGAUGCUAACGGUGAACGGAUCACUAAAACUCAGCGUCUACAACCCAGCCACAAUAUUUGGCAUUCACGUUAGCUCAAAGACCAUGAAUCUUGUUUAUUCAGAGAUAACCGUCGCAACUGGUCAGUUGAAGAAAUAUUAUCAGCCAAGGAAGAGCCGAAGAAGUGUGCUGGUGAACUUGGAAGGAACGAAGGUUCCUCUGUACGGUGCUGGGUCAACCUUAACGGUGUCCCAAAACGGUGUCGUUGUACCGUUGACGUUAAACUUCGAGAUUCGGUCACGAGGGAAUGUGGUGGGAAAGUUGGUGAGGACAAAGCACAAGAGGCAAAUUUCUUGCCCUGUGAUAAUCGAUUCCACUAGAACCAAACCCAUCAAGUUCAAGAAGAAUUCUUGCACAUACGACUGAGUUAUUUUCACUGCCCUUGUCGUCGUCUGCUCUCUCCUGAGUCUUCGCAAAAGGUUUUUGUGCAGAAUAAAUUAUGUGUGCACAUACAAUUAUACGUAUACUUGUUUUGAUAUAUGUAUUAUUUUUGUUAUUAUACUCGUGUCGUAGAGUGGGACUGGAAAUGUCAGGGAAUGGAUUUCUGUGUUGAAUCAAGGUGGCCAUUGAGAAAUAUUCUGUCCCGUCCAAAUUAAUCUGGAGGAAAUGAUUGAAAAAAAGGUAUGCUUUUUUUGUUUUUUAUGAUUGUAUGUUGGGGGUAAAGACAAUUCCGUUAUUUAGUUAGAUGAAUGAGUGAAUGGGAGAGGUUCUUCUUUUGAG